AUGGUUUUCAAAGCUCAGUACCUGUCUGAUGCAUGGGGCUUCUCUAAUGCGAAAUAUGAUACAUCUAUGUUCAUUUUCCACAACUCACAUACUUUAAUUACCUUUUUCAUUUAUGUUGAUGACAUUAUUGUAACUGGAAAUAGUUCUGCAAUCAUUCAACACUUCAUUAUCUGCUUAAACAUUCACUUUGCACUUAAAGAUCUAGGCGAUCUAUCCUUUUUCUUUGGCAUUCAGGUGGCUCGCUCAUCAAAUCACUUACACUUGUUUCAGUCCAAGUAUAUUCAUAGCCUACUUGAACGUGCACAACUCAAUGACUGCAAGCCAAUUCACUCUCCAAAGGCCGUUGGCGCCUCGUUGUCCCUCACCGAUGGACAAUCACUAGACAACCCCUCUGAAUACAGAAGCUUAGUCGGUGCCCUCCAAUAUUGUACGCUGACCAGACCAAACAUCAGUUUCAGUGUCAAUAAGCUUUGUCAGUUCAUGCACGCCCCAACAACUUCACAUCUUCAAGCAGCCAAACGUCUCAUUCGACACCUCAAAGGCACGAAUAAUCAUGGUAUUCUUCUAACCAAGUCCCCUGUUUUGGCCUUAACUUACUACACAGAUGCCGAUUGGGCCAGCUGCCAGAAUGACAGACGAAGCACGAAUGGAUUCUGUGUCUUUCUUGGUUCCAUCCUUAUCUCAUGGAGCUUCUCCAAGCAAAAGGUAGUCUCUCGAUCCAGUGCAGAAUCCGAAUAUUGUGGUCUGUCCAAUGUUGCCGCUGAGGUACUAUGGAUCCAAUCAGUUCUCACUGAAAUUGAUGUCAAUCGCAUCUCCACCCCCUCUACUGCUCUGUGA